GCCGGGCCAGGAACGGGCGCAGGGAGCUGAGACAGACCGAGUGACAGCGUCUGAGUCCCGGGAAGAACAUCACGGAGCUUCCGUGAAGGAGAACCCUGCACCGCAGCCAAGAUGCCGAACAAAACCAAGAAGGAGAAGGAAACAACCAAAGCUGCUAAAAGCAGCAUGAAGAACAGCAACAGCAGCAGCAGCGCAGGAGGGAAAGAUGCUGCAGCUGAAAACACAGAGGAGGCCCAGCAGCAGCAGCAGAGUGGCAGUAAGCGUCCCAGUAACAGCACUCCUCCUCCUACUCAGCUCAAUAAGAUCAAGUACUCUGGAGGUCCUCAGCUAGUGAAGAAGGAGCGCCGCCAGAGCUCGUCACGCUUCAGCCUCACCAAGAACAGAGAGCUGCAGAAGCUACCUGCACUCAAAGACUCCCCCCUGAUGGAGCGUGAGGAGCUGUUUGUCCAGAAGCUGCGUCAGUGCUGCGUCCUUUUCGACUUCGUCAGCGACCCGCUCAGCGACCUCAAGUACAAAGAGGUGAAGAGAGCCGGACUCAACGAGAUGGUGGAGUACAUCACACACAACAGUGACGUGGUGACAGAGUCCAUCUACCCGGAGGCCGUCCUCAUGUUUUCAGUGAACUUGUUCCGGACUCUUCCUCCGUCCUCCAACCCGACUGGAGCUGAGUUUGAUCCUGAGGAGGAUGAACCAACGCUGGAGGCUGCCUGGCCUCACCUGCAGCUCGUGUACGAGUUCUUCCUCCGCUUCCUGGAGUCUCCAGACUUUCAGCCGAACGUCGCCAAAAAGUACAUCGACCAGAAGUUUGUAAUGUCGCUGCUGGAGCUGUUUGACAGUGAGGAUCCCAGAGAGAGAGACUUUCUGAAGACCAUCCUCCACCGGAUCUACGGCAAGUUCCUCGGCCUCCGUGCCUACAUCCGCCGCCAGAUCAACAACAUCUUCUACAGAUUCAUCUACGAGACAGAACAUCACAACGGCAUCGCUGAGCUGCUGGAGAUACUGGGGAGCAUCAUCAACGGCUUCGCUCUGCCGCUGAAAGAAGAACACAAGAUGUUUCUGAUCAGAGUUCUGCUGCCGCUGCACAAAGUCAAGUCCCUGAGUGUCUACCACCCUCAGCUGGCGUACUGUGUGGUCCAGUUCCUGGAGAAGGACAGCAGUCUGACGGAGCCGGUCAUCAUGGGGCUGCUGAAGUUCUGGCCGAAGACUCACAGUCCAAAGGAGGUGAUGUUCCUGAACGAGCUGGAGGAGAUCCUGGACGUCAUCGAGCCCUCGGAGUUCGUCAAAGUCCAGGAGCCGCUCUUCAGACAGCUCGCCAAGUGUGUGUCCAGCCCACACUUCCAGGUGGCAGAGAGAGCUCUGUAUUACUGGAACAACGAGUACAUCAUGAGUCUGAUCAGUGACAACGCUGCCAAGAUCCUCCCCAUCAUGUUUCCUGCCCUCUACAAGAACUCCAAGAGCCACUGGAACAAGACGAUCCACGGUCUGAUCUACAACGCCCUGAAACUCUUCAUGGAGAUGAACCAGAAGCUGUUUGAUGACUGCACGCAGCAGUACAAGGCUGAGAAACAAAAAGAGAAGUAUAAGCUGAAGGAGAGAGAGGAGAUCUGGCACAAGAUAGAAGAGUUGGCCAGACAGAAUCCACAGAGCAACAAGCUCCACCCCCUCCGCCCUGGACUCCACCCACAGGAAGAGUACAUGCUGUACAGUGACAGUAGUACUGUUGCUGUGUACUCGAUGGAGACAGAGACUCCGACAGCUGAAGACAUCCAGCUGCUGAAGAAGACUGUGGAGAGCGAGGCCUCUCAGGGUCAGAAAGACCUGAAGAAAGACAAAGUCCUGAUGAGGAGGAAGUCGGAGCUCCCUCAGGACGUCUACACCAUCAAAGCUCUGGAGGCUCACAAGAGAGCCGAGGAGUACCUGACAGCCAAUCAGGAGGCUCUCUGACCAGGGGAGGUGGUCCCUGCUGAGCUUGACUCCGCCCCCCUGCUGUCCGUCUCUCUGGGGAGGAAGUUGAAGGUGUAGUGGAGCGGCUGGUCUGGGGUCAGUUGGGGACGGAGCUAACGCUGCGUUCGACAACACACCGACCUUCUCACCUCUGACCCCUGGUGGCCGAUAACAAGUAGGACACUGUGUACGUGCUGUCUCAACGUGUGUCAGCGGUCAUGUGAUGAUGACAUCAUCUGCUUCAUGUUGCACUAACACCUCCAACACCUCCCUCUCCAAACAUCUGCUGCUGUUUGACUGAAGGUCCCUGAAUGCAUCGCCAACAGGACUCGUCCACUGCAGGAACGUAACGAGCUGUUAAUUAAUGCCUGUUGAGGCUCUGCAGCCUCCAUCCAAACAAACGAUGAUGCAGCUGCUCUCUGACGGCUAAAACAGAAACACGUCGUCUGUCUCACAGGUGUCUCACUGUGUACACCUGUCCUGCGUAAAGAGACUUCUGUCCAAACUAGACCUAGUCAGAGACCUGAACCAGACUUGGUCCUGACAAUUGACAGUCAUGCAGAUUAUGUUCAGCUCUUCUAUAACCAGCGUUAAAGUACAGCAGCGUCGUCUGACUGUGUUCAGCUUCCUGUUUUGUUCGCUCUCUGCUGAGUCAGCAGCUGCUUUGGACUAAUUAGCCUCCAGCUCUCGCGCUAUCGUCACUGUCGUCAGCUUCAAUUUCCUGCUCAGCACUCCUCCUCGACCUCGAUUCACUUGUUUUUGAACCUUUCGUUUGACCUCUGCUACAUAUUCUGUCAUCACAGUUUGAGGUUAGCUCGUAGCUAAUCAUGCAUGACAUUUCCACAACGCGCCUGAACGUGACAGCGUAUCCGUCUGAAACUGAAUAUUACAGGAAAGAUAAAACUUAACGAUGAAUUACAUUUCAGCUGAAGCAUUCUAACCCAAAUUCUGCAUAUUUUCAUAAUAUUAUGAAUAUUAUAUUACUGAAAGUCCCAUCGCUGGUUAUUACUCAUUACUUAUUUAAACUAUAUUAUUACUAGAAACAGUUUGUUUAUAACACAGACGUGUGUUUGGAAGCACAGUGACGUUGAGGCCGUGUUGGUAUUUCCAGAAUAAUCUCACCUUCUCUGUCUUCAGCGCUGCGUUCUGUCAGAGACUGCUUCCUCGUUUGUCUUCUUCUCCAUGAUGAAAAUCUGAAACGUUCUUGUGGAAACACAAAGCAGAACGUAGAACCUUCAGAGUUCUUCAGGUUCUGUGUUCUGUAAAGCUCUCAGCUCCUUAAGUUCCUGCAGCAGAGGAGACCACCUCGCGUCUGUCCUGUGACACCUGAACACAGCACAGAGGAGUUCCCUGACUGACAGCAGCUUCACUCCAGAGCCCCACCCCCUCCACCUGACAUGACCAAUCACCUGUCAGCAUGGACCUGUGGUGGACGAUGAUGAUGGUGAUGAAGAUGAUGAUGAUGAUGAUGAUGAUGAUGAUGAUGAUGGCGAGGAGACACAGUGAAUGUAGACGUCCAAUCAGCAUCCAGCAAAAGCAGAAGAAGAGUUUGAUUCCAACGUGAUGAACUUCCUGUUUGCUUGUUUUAUUUUAAUGACUGUUGUCAUGACACCAUCACGUCUAAACCAAUGAGAGAAGAGAUGCAUGAAAACACUCGAAGAACAGAAACGUCUGAAUGUUCGUCUGUACAAGAUGCAGCCACUCAUCAGGUCAAAGGUCAAACACAGUGACACAUUCAGGAGUUGUGGGAAUUCUCCAAACUCUAAAGGAGAUUCUGAACAGAAUAUUUCAGUGUCAAUCACUUCAGUAAACAAACAAACGAUCCAUCGAUCAAUCGACUGGAGCAUCAACACACCACGUGGCGUGUGUUUGAUUUUCUGAAUCAUUCCAGUUAAAGUGUUUCAUUGUUUUCACUCCUCAGACUCUCUGAGUCUCUGCUGCUUCACUUCCUGCGUCUCCCUUCAGUUUAAAGCUGUAUACAGCUGAAGGCUUUUAUUGUGAAGCAGCCACAGGAAAUGAGUUGUGUCACAGACAUCAAAGCUGCUGUUUUAACUUCAUCUACACAUUUUAUUUUAUGAAACCGCGGAGAGCAGACAGGAAGUGAGACACGAGGACGCUGCUGCACUUUAGUUUUUAGGAUCCCAAAUAUUUCCCACCGUUUAUCCAAUCAGCAGGUUUCUGAUGUCCCGACUGCUGAAUCUGAAACAUCACACUGGUCCUGUGGUCACUUCCUGUCCCUCAGAGCAGAGCUGUGAUUGGCUGACACAUGAAGGUAGCAGCUCAGGCGUUCACACACAGGUUACCAAACAGACCCAGUGCAUCAGAACGUUCAGCUGCUGAACCAAACCUCAUUCAAAUUUAUCAAGAUUUUACUGCUCAGCCUCCAAUUUGUUACAGGAUCAUUAAUGUCAUGAGACAGGAAGCUGAAAUAAAUUCAGAUUAUAAUAAACACAAAUGGAGAUCUUAGGUUUUGUCCUGCCAAAAUAAAAGUGAAGACGUUGAGCAGGUUAAAAACAUCAGGUGAUUGUUUUUAAGUCAGAGUUCAGUCUCCUGGUGAUGUCAUAGUUUUAACAGCAGGAAACUUGAAAUUAAAAUCAACAAAUUUAAAACUAAUGGUAUCAGAAAACCAGCCAGACUAAAAUCAGAUGUUUUCAUGUUGCACAUCGUCUCUGCGCUUCUUCCUGUCUGCUCCGCUCCCUGCAGACUCAGACUCCCAUGAUCCUCUGCUGUCUCACUUCUGUGAUCUGUGUCACAUUUUGUGCCAUGAAGACUUUAAACAAAGACAAAUAUUAACGUCACAGCUGCAGAAUUCAUCUGUGACAAGAAAACCUCAGAUUAAUAAGUUUCAUUACAAACAGGACGACAGAUCUUUGUCAGGAGACAUUAAUUGAAAUCAAAGAGCAACAUCUUCGUCGUCGUUGUUGAAGUGCAGUUCUUCUGAUAGAAGCAUUAAAAAAGUCAAAAAGCAUUUUCCACAUAAACACAAAAAUGUGAAGUCAGUUUCUGUUUCAGUGACAGAAAACUGUCAGUAAUGUAAAAGUUGAUCUUUGUGACGUGAAGACUAACCAGCUGAUUAAUUCUGAUUCAUAUUCAACACUCAGUCAAAAUGUUCCAUGUGAGCGUUGCUCUCCAUCUGUUCGUGUUUCUGUUCUAACUAAUGAAGCCUGUCGUUAACAUGUAACCGUCCAACCUGCCGCUGCUUCACUAACCUCGUUAGCAAUAUUGUUUAAAGCUGAGAAACGCUGCAGAGAGCUGCUGCACGGCAGCGAGCGCAGAAACAAUCCUCCUUAUAGGAACAAGAUGUAUGAAAGGAGAAGCUGUUGAGGACGUCUGCCUGCAGUGAUUGUUGUGCUGUAUAUUGUCAUGACCACGCCCAUGUCAGACCACGCCCCCUUUUGUUAUCGUUCCGUUCCCCUCAGCUGGUCUCUGUUGCACGUGGUUAACUCGCCGUCCUGUGAUUCACUGUCAACCAAUGACCAUUCCAAUGGUGGGAUAGCCCCGCCCACUUCUGUCACCGCUAGACAAAAUGGCCACCAAGAUUGAACUCCUCCAGACAGAUGAAACUGAAUGUUGUGUGUUCUGUGUGUGACGGACACGUGAAGUAGAGUCUGAACCAAACCCAGUUAACUUUUCUAUGAAUUUUAAAGCAACACAAA